GAAUUUUUCCUUCUUGGGUUUAGCACUCUAGGGAAUCUCCGGAUUUUAUUUUUUGCUUUUUUGCUUAAAGUUCACAUCGUGACUUUAUUGGGAAAUCUUCUCAUUAUAUUCGUCAUAACCAGCACUCGCCACGUUCACACCCCCAUGUACUUGUUCUUAGUUCAUCUGUCCCUCUCUGAUGUGUUUCUUACUAUAAAUAUCGGACCAAAGAUGCUUCAUGUCAUUUUGGCCAAUGGGAGCCUAAUAUCCUACAGCUCAUGCAUCAGUCAGCUGUACUUCUUUGGUGUACCAACAAUUUUUGAGUGUUUUUUCCUCUCGUCUAUGUCCUACGAUAGGUAUUUGGCAGUGUGUAAGCCUCUGCAUUAUCAAUCAGUGAUGGACAUUCGCCUUCAAACCUAUCUCAUUCUGUGGCCUUGGUUUUUAGGGUUCAGCAUCCCACUGAUGACGGUCAUCUCUGUUAACAGUUUAGAGUUUUGUAGGCAAAACGUCAUAGACCAUUUCUUCUGUGACCUGGCUCCCCUUCUCAAACUAUCUUGCUCAGAUACAUCAGUGGUGGAACUUGAGAUGCUUGUGGUGUCCAUGCCUAUCCUUCCAGUGCCUUGUGUUCUAAUUCUUAUAACAUAUAGCUAUAUUGCUGUCACCGUCUUGAAAAUCUCUUCAGCCACUGGGAGACGGAAGGCCUUCUCCACCUGCAGCUCCCAUCUUAUUGUUGUUUGUACAUAUUAUGGGACAUUGCUGGCGCUCUACUUAGUUCCAUCUGGGAAGCACCUAAGCAACAUAAAUAAGACUCUGUCAUUGCUGUACACCGUCAUAACCCCGAUGUGUAACCCAAUCAUUUACACUUUGAGAAAUCAAGAAAUUAUGAUCAGCUUGGCAAAAUUGUUUUCUAAAUUUAGGUCAACAAAAGUUGUAUAA